CCAGACGUAGCCAACAACAACAACAACGUCUCCGGUCCCCACAGACUCCGGUUUCUGUUUUGUUCUCACGUGCUUGCGGAUUUGUGGCGCUUCCGGUAAAGCCAGACUGCCUUAGAAGCGGAAGCAGCGCCUGGCUUUGAAAUUGGUUUGAGGCGUCUCCGUUUCUCCGGCUUUUGUGCUGCGAAUUCGCUUCGAGGCGGGGGGGCUGCAGGAGAAAGCGUGUGAUGGAACGGAAUGAAAGCCAAAGAGCCUCAAGUUCCCAAUCUGAGGAAAGGAGCCUGCUGGACUUACCUGAUGACAUAACUCCUGAAAGCUUUCUAUUGAAGCCGAACCCUGGGAAAGAUGAAGCGUUUGAUUUAACGCUGCCAGCAGUUGACGCAGGUUAUUUCCCGACAGAACCCAGCAAUCAGUUUCUUCCAGGGCCGGAUGCCAAAGCCAACAUCACUCUGUGGCCUUACCUUUAUGAGAGGAGAGAGUCUGUCAGCUGCGAGAACACAGAACAACAGAGUGAAAUUGAGGCUCCUGAGCAAAGGGGAGAAGGGGAAUCCAUCCUUAGAAAAUCUCUGGACACAUUCUACAGGACUUUGUGCCAGAAGAAGCCAUCUGGAGGGAGUCCAAGAUAUGAAUCAACUUCACAGUGUCUGUCCCUUAAGACUGCAGAUCUUGCAGGCAAAGAGGGAAUGAAAUUUAUAGUGAAGAAUCUCCAAAUCGCUCAAAUGGUUUUGAACAGAGAGGAGAAUAAAAUCUUUCCUCAGCCUCCCUGCAACCACUUCUGCCUUUUGACUCCCAUCAGUACCGAUGCUAGUUCAGAGAAAGGAAAAGCAAUCCCUGGACUCUCGGACGAUGUCUUUCGAUUUAUCUUAAAACAGAAUUGAUGCUGAAAUGAUGCUGAGCCUGAGCGUAUUUCUCAAACCUAAGAAUUGAUAAGAUUUCUUUAGCAAGGGAAUGAAUUGUUAAUAACAACUUGAUAGAACCAAGAAUAUAAAGAAGGUGCAUGAUUGAACUGCAAAAUGCCAUAAAGCAAUUGCUUUUAAUUAUUCCUCAUGUCAGUGAUUGGAAAGUACAUUUUCUGUGUGCAAAAAAAGCUUGAGACUCAGACUUGAUUAGAUCCAAUAUUAAUAAUUCCCUUUCUUCUAAGAAUAGAACUGUAUUUGAAAAUGUUCUGUUUGAAAACUAAUAGGCUUUCAGGUUAAAAUAUAAACCUAGAAAUAAUUGCUUCUACUUCUAAAUGAAUUCAUGAGAGGAGAUAAGCUUUGCAAAGAAUAGUGUUGUCCUAAUGGAGAAACCAGCAAUAUACUGUAUAGCCUAUUGAUUCAGUUCCUUAUGAUCCUAAAUGUAUUCCUUCAUAUAUUAUCCUAUGUUGCUUGGGACUAAUAGGAGUCAAAAUUCACAUCUACAAGGUGACAGGUUGCUCUCCUUGUGCUAAUAGAUUAAUCUGCUAACCUCCCCAUCUUGGAACGCUUCAUCUUUUGUAAUUUUAUAAUAUUGUUUUAUAUAUAUUUAAAAUUUUCAAUCUUAAAUUAUUCUGUUUUUAAUGCUUAACUUUAUUGAUUAAAUUGUACACUGCCUAGAGCUCCUCUCUAAGGGAGAUGGGCAGUUAAGAAGCUAAUUCAUAUUUUGGAAUGUAUGCAUAGAAAAAGGUUUCUCUUCUCCCCCUGAAAGAAUAAUUGAUCUUGCUAUUUUAAAAUUUGCUGCUUGAAUACUGAAUUCUGUGUUUCAGGCAUGCAUCAGGUAACAUGAUAUAAAUGGAAAGUAUUACACUCCCUUUUCUUUUUCAUACCUUGCAGACAGUGUAAAUAUACUGAUGAACCACACGAUGUAAGAUCCAAGGAAUGGCCCAUGGAAGGCUGCUUCUAUGUAUUUUUAUGUAUAAGAUCUUGUUGAAUCCGAUGCAUUCAAGAACCUCUCAUUAAAAGGAACCCAAAAGCUUA